AUAAUACACUUGACGUACAUUGAAGUUUUGGAAAUAUUUUUUCUUUGGUAAAUUUUAGCUAAAGAAAUUGGGAUAUAUUACAAUGGUAGCUGCAUUAGAUUAUGGAUAGUUGCUGGCAAGUUGCUAUUCCCGUAGAAAUAGUAUCUGAAAUUUUUCGAUACCUAUCCAGACCAGACCGACUCUCCUGUUCAGUCGUUUGCCAGAAAUGGCACAACGCUCUGAGCAGGAGAUAUUUGUGGAAAAGAAUCGUACUUCACGUCGACCGUGACUUCUUGGAACCUAGCACCACCCUUUUCGUCAGAGAAUACUGUAAAUGUAUUAGGACCUUGGAAAUAGGAUGGAACAGACCUUUGGUUCAAAACCGAUGGCUGCCACUCAAGGUGCACGACCUCACGAAACGGGUUAUCCAUUUUAUUUGCGUCUUAUACGAAAACAACAUCCAGCUUAGUUGCUUCAGGUUCUUUGAGUGGCAUGAUAUAUAUGCAUUCAAAAAAAUCAUUUUUCACAUCAGCAGAUUUUUAAAAACACAGUCGAAUUUGAAAAAACUAAUAUUUCAUAACAUCAACCUACCAAGAACUGAAUGCAUGCGAGUUUUGGAAUCUUGUCUCGGUUCCAAAUUCUCGGUUACCUCUUUAGAGAUCCAUAACAACUAUUAUAACUUCAAUACAGCUUUUGCCACGCUAGAAUUCGUCGUUUUCCUGGAGCAAUUUUUGAGCCUCAGUGAACUAAAGUUGGAUUAUUUCAUUUUAUCGAGACCUAGAGUGAUGGAUGUCAUUGCGGAAAAUUGCAGUAUCAAGCUGAAGUUUUUGGAGAUCUACGUAGAUGAAAUUGAUCUGCAUAGUAUAAUAAUACCUGAAAAACAGUGGAAGGGAUUAAGGAAAGCUUGUCCUGACAUUAAAGUGUCAAUUAAAAUAAAAAACAUAUGCCAUUACGAGCAAAUAAAAUUCAUAUUCCUAAUGAAGGCAAUACCCUUGAAUUAUUUCACUCUGAUAAGCAACAACAAGUUUAAUCAAAAAGUCAGCAGAAACUUUGAAGCAACCCUUCUCAGAUUGAUAAGAAAUUAUCACGAUACACUAGAAAGGAUAAACUUAGAUCUCAAAAAUAACAGAGAAAAUCUAGAUCACGUAAUUUUUUCGAUGAUACUGAAAUGCCCUAAACUGAAGAAAUUAUAUUUUGACGGAAUCCUUAACGACAAUAUGCAUUUAUUUUAUGAAAUUUGCCAGUAUAAAAAAAGUGCCAAGGGUAUCCUCAUGAAGAUAUUUCCCAACAAAUAUAAAUCUGUAACUAAUGUAGUACAUAUGUUUUCGUAAGGUAUCCCAAAUAAAAGCUUAAAAGUU